AAUGGAAACGAUCCUCUGCGCGCUCACUGGCACACCUCCCUCUCCUCCUCUGCUUCUUCACUGCGCAGCGGCACUCCGGCAGCAGCACACCGGGACUAACCUCCAGAGAAUAACAACAAGCAGUGAGGAGAUGAGCGGGUAAUGGAUUGAACUUUAAACAUGUCCAAGUGGGAUUCUUCUCGGUGUGUGGAAUAUGUUAAAGGAUCUCCAGCUGGGCUGAAUAAAGAAACAUGACACGUCUUCUUCUUCUUCUGCUGCUGACAGAGGUGAUGCUGCGCGAGUGAAGCUGCUCCAAACUGCACCACAGAGUCCAUAAACCCGGAAUAAAGAAGACUCUGCCAUAAAACGAUGUAAUACAAAGGUUUCCUGCACACGCAUCUUCGAGGAUCCAAGUGCGACAGACUCCGUUACGCAUGGAGACAGCGCGGAGCUGAGCCGGUUCACGUUUCUUUUUUAUGAUUUUAAGUUUGACAAAAGAGAGAAAAAGUUAUUCUACUCCUCCUCAAACAGAAAAUGAGUAGCUGUCUUUUCCGACUGGCACUCUUCGUGGCUUGCGUGCUCUCCAUCCGCUGCACCGCUGCGCCCGGGACCGAGGCGGAGGCGCACACGGCGUCCCGGGAUACCUGCGCGUCCUGCGGCGUCGCUCAGCCGGAGGACCCCGAGUCGGGCCGGCUGAACGUGGACUUCCUGGAGGCGGUGAAGAGGCACAUCCUCAGCAGGCUGCAGAUGCGGGAGAGGCCCAACAUCACGCACCCGGUCUCCAAAGCGGCCAUGGUGACGGCGCUGCGGAAGCUCCACGCCGGGAAGCUGCGAGAGGACGGCCGGGUGGAGAUCCCCAACCUGGACGGACAACCGAUGAGCAACGAGGUGCUGGAGGAGAGCUCGGAGAUCAUCAGCUUUGCAGAGAAAGAUGACAUGGUCACGUCCAAGUCCAGCCUCUUCUUCCUGAUCUCCAGUGAGGGGAACCAGAACCUGUACGUGACGCAGGCCACCCUCUGGCUCUACUUCAAGCUGCUGCCGUCCCCUUUGGAGGUGCGUCCGAGGCGGAAGGUGACGGUGAAGGUGUACUACCAGGAGCCCGGCCUCGGCAGCAAGUGGAACCUGGUGGAGAAACGCAUGGAGCUGAAGCGCAGCGGCUGGCACACCUUCAUGCUGACCGACGCCGUCCGGCUGGUGUUUCAGAAGGGUGACCGGCGGCAGAACCUGGACGUGCGCUGCGAGGGCUGCGAAGCCGAAGGCGUCACGCCCAUCCUGCUCAACCACAACGACGAGUCCCACCGGCCCUUCCUGGUGGUGCAGGCGCGGCAGUCCAACAACAAACACCGGAUCCGCAAGAGGGGGCUGGAGUGCGACGGCAGCAGCAGCCUGUGCUGCCGCCAGCAGUUCUACAUAGACUUCCGGCUCAUCGGCUGGAACGACUGGAUCAUUGCACCGUCGGGAUACUUUGGGAACUACUGCGAGGGGAACUGUCCGGCCUACAUGGCGGGCGUCCCCGGUUCGGCCUCGUCCUUCCACACAGCGGUGGUGAACCAGUACCGCAUGCGGGGAAUGAGCCCGGGCUCCAUGAACUCCUGCUGCAUUCCCACCAAGCUCAGCACCAUGUCCAUGCUCUACUUUGACGACGAGUACAACAUCGUCAAGCGGGACGUUCCCAACAUGAUCGUGGAGGAGUGUGGCUGUGCUUGAGUGUGUUUUAUUCCUGUUUAUUUAAGGUGGAACUGAAGAACUUAAGAUUCACAAUAUUACAAAAAAUAAAAAGAAUAUAGAAAGUAUUUAUGGACGAUGGAGAAAAACAUGCGCACACACAACCUCAUCCACGCGUAUCUACACACCCUCAUGUAUGCCUGCACAAAAACUUGUAUAUAUAUUUAUGUUUGUUGAUAUAUUUCGUUAUAUUCUCUGGUGGAGGAUUGUUUCUGUCUAGAAACGAUUUGGUGUCCUUCAAAGGGACGUGAAGAGUUCUCUUCCAAAUCUUUAAAAAUCCACUUUGGAAAACAAUCAAUCUCUGAAGUUCUUCAUUAGAUAUCUCUAAGAUAGUGAGGAUCUGGAUUUACGUAACCUACUAGCCUUUACAAAGCAGCAUCACUUGAUGUAAUUUCCUACGUUGUUAGAGUAGGUACCUCUUGUUUAGAAGUUUUGGGAUUAAAGUCUUCAUGUGUAGAACCCAAUCUGAAAAUAACGUCUCCAGAGGAGCCUUACAAGAGUCACAAAGAAAGGUUGGGGGUGAUUCAAAUGUGCCUCUUUCAAGAGCACGCGGGACAAGCACUGAAGAUGUGAAUACAUCGUCUCACUUCAACGUACAGCACUUCUGGUCACAUUUACACGACGUUUUAGAGAAACUUUGUUCAAGCUGGUACCAACAUUUGAACGCUUUCCAGACAUGGAUGGAAACAGAAAAACUAAAUCUGUGGAGACGUUUCCACUGACGCGUCACCAAACCGUGAAAUAAUCUCUCAACUAAAAAGGUAGACUUGUCAGUGGGAGGUGUCACACCUGAAACCUCUGCUCACAGCUCGGGGUUCCUCUCUUUCCAUUAUCUUCACUGUUGUGGAAGCACUGUUGCAUGUUUCUGAAAGUUAUCAGGGUAACUUCUAAUGGGUUUCUACAGAAGUGUUGAUGUUUUCAUAAACAUUUCCCCUCAAAUUAUUUAAUCCCGUCCUCAAAGUACAAAUCCGUUUCUCAAUAGUCGUAUUUCUUUGCCUAAAUUUGUCUUUUUCUUUCCUUAAAUUACAAAAUCGUGAACCAAAUUAUCUCUCAAAUUAAAACAUUUUGUUUUCUUGACACUCACUAUGAACCACUCAGAUUUAAUACGGUCUGAUUUGGAUGUCGGACUUUAGGUUAAAAAAUGAAAGCGUCUUGCUGCAAGAUGGCAAAUUGUUUGAGAGCACGAUUUAGUAUUUAGCCAAAAAAAGGUUUCCCCACAAGACUUCAGUUGAGAACAGAAACCACGGCCCGCUGUGCUAAGUCCAGUCCGAUCCCAAAGGGACGACAUAGAUCUGACGUACCGUCCGAAGUUUGUUUGGUGACCCGUCUGGGAGGAUGUGGCUUGUGACCAAACGUCCACCUUUCCUCUUUGGUCUUUGUAUCAAAAAAGUCCUUUAGUUUCCCACGGACGCCAUUUUCCAAUCAUGAUAUGGGUGAACAAAUACUCUCUUACAGUGUGCCCAGCACAUGAAGAUGGUGGAAGGAAUACCAGGAAGGACCUCACAUGUAUCCCACAUUUGAUUCCUUCCAGUUGAUCAAAUCAAAAACUCUCGUUUCAGUCAGUGAAAGUGAAAAGUUGCCAUAUUGCUCAGUUUAGUGACGACGCACACUUUGAUAGCACUUGCAGAUUAAAUGCCUUUUAAUGAGCCCGGGUGGCGCACCAAUGCCCACAGUCCUUCUAAAAUAAAUAAGUGCCGCAUGAGCUAUGCAAUGUAUAGUAUUUACCCGUAGACCAGACGAGCUGACCUUAAGCUCUUCUGACAAACACCAAUACUUGAAAUGUAAGCGUGGCACGCAGGGCGCAGGUCGGGCUUUGGCUGGGAGGCAGGAUUGAAUAGGUCUUGUACUGCGACAGAAAGAUUUCUCUUGAUCGAGCUCCACUUCACUCUGUCUCCUAAAACGUACAUUUAUAAGCUACUAAAUGGUUUUUACCAACAAUGUUCUGAAGGAAUUGUAAUGGAUUAUGUUGUUUCCAGCCCAUGAAACACUUCUGACAGAGUUCAAUAUCUCUGUCGGUGCUUUAGUGUAAGGAAUCAUUUAGGGGAUCGCUGAGUUACAGACAGACGGCAGCUGGGAGAGACACAUCUCUUUGUCCAUCUUGUAUAGCUAAACAAUAAUAUUGAAGCAUUGUUAUAGAGCCACACAUUAGCUGGAUUAUUGUACCUUUUCAAAAAAGGUUGUAAACCAGUGUUAUAGAGUUUUACUCAGAAGUUCAUUGUCACAUUGGGCUGGCUGCCAUUUUUGUUUGGAACAGCGCAGAAACCCGAGAAGACGAACUGCUUAGAGGAGCUUCUGAAGAAGUGUUCUUCCGUGUUAUUGAAUAACGACACAGAAGAUUAGUUUUCCUUCCUUUAUGCCAUCAUCAACUGAAACCUCAGAAACAUAAAGGAGGCUAACUGGGGGAUAAGUUUGACCCAGAUGUGAUUUUGGAGUCUAAAUGAAAGUGUCCCAGUGGAGUUCCCAGUUCGGCACUGAAACACACUUUGAGACACAGUUUCAGUCACUUUGAUGCUUCCAGGUUAAACAUAUAUUCUGUUACAUGCUGCUCUCCUUGUCUCCACCAGCAGCAGGUCCAGAGAAACACCUUCAGGUUCUGCUCAUUGUCUGCCCGCCUCCUGUCCGACGCUCGACUUCGCCUGCCGCUCUAAUCUUUCGCUCGUUCUUCAGAAGCGAAUGGUUGUUAGAAUAUUUGCACUGGGGAGCUGCGUGACUAGUAAUAAGAAAAAUUAAAUAAAUAGAAACUGCCAUUGAAAAAAGUUAUUUUUAUAGACGCAAAAUUGAGCUCUGUUGAAAUGUAUCAUACCUAAUCAUGGAACCAAAGAGGCCAAGAGGUGGAGCUAUUGAAAGAUGGCGACGCCGUCAUGUUUGUGUUGUUGUAAAUGACUUUGUGACAGUUAAGAGGCCUAAACACUGUAUCAGGGUAUAAUAUCAGUCCAUAAUCAGCUUAAUCUCUUUUCUAUUUUGUACCUAGAAAUGGAAUAUUUCAUAUUUUUUCAUCAAAUUACUUAAAUAUUCCUAGUUUUCUUUUCUUCUUUUGGUUAGCUCUGGUUGCAGAGUCAUUUAGAGUAAAGCACAUCUGAUCCCUGUACAGUCGGUGUAACAUAUGAAUAUGCUUUUCAAAUAUUUUGUUCUUUGUAAUUGUUGAAAAAUAAAUUUCUUAUUACCAAUCGUA